AUGUCCUCGGCCGUGGGGCCCCGCGGUCCUCGCCCACCUACGGUGCCUCCCCCGAUGCAAGACCUGCCCGACCUGAGCCACCUGACCGAAGAGGAGAGGAACAUCAUCAUGGCAGUGAUGGACCGGCAGAAGGAAGAGGAGGAGAAGGAAGAAGCCAUGCUCAAGUGUGUUGUCAGGGACAUGGCGAAGCCUGCUGUCUGCAAAACACCAAGAAAUGCUGAAAACCAGCCCCACCAACCUUCACCGUGAGUAUGGCAUUGUGUCUGCUUUCCCAGAGGACUUCAAGCCCAACAGAGUAGCGGAGACAGGAAUUGGAGAUUGCAUCAGCAGUUUGAAAGUUACAAGGAACAAGUGAGAAAAAUAGGGGAAGAAGCACGGCGUUACCAGGGCGAGCACAAAGACGAUGCUCCUACGUGCGGAAUCUGCCAUAAAACAAAGUUUGCUGAUGGGUGCGGCCAUCUCUGUUCGUAUUGCCGCACCAAGUUUUGUGCCAGAUGUGGAGGCCGCGUGUCUCUUCGAUCAAACAACGAGGACAAAGUGGUUAUGUGGGUGUGCAAUUUAUGUCGAAAGCAGCAAGAAAUUUUAACCAAAUCUGGGGCAUGGUUCUUUGGAAGUGGCCCUCAGCAACCGAGUCAGGAUGGAACCCUGAGUGAUACUGCUACAGGUGCCGGUUCUGAGGUCCCAAGAGAAAAGAAAGCACGACUCCAGGAGCGGUCACGGUCUCAGACACCUCUGAGCACAGCAGCUGUCUCCUCCCAGGAUGCCACUCCUCCAAGUGGACCACCAGACAGGAGCAAAGGGGCUGAGCCUGUGCAGCAAGCCAUUGGGCCCGACCAGAAGCAGGCUUCAUCCAGGUCUAGAAGUGAACCUCCCAGAGAGAGGAAGAAGGCGCCAGGAGUGUCAGAGCCAAACGGCAAAGGGGCCCCGAAGAGCGAACGCAAACGGGUGCCAAAGACCCCUGCGCAGCCCGGGGACGGGGCCGCGGAGGAGCGGGAGAGGAAAGAAAGGCGGGAAGGCCGAAGGCUGGAGAAGGGGCGAUCGCAGGACUACCCCGACGUGCCGGAGAAGCGAGAGGAGGGCAAAGCGGCGGACGAGGAGAAGCAGAGGAAGGAGGAGGAGUACCAGACCAGGUACCGCAGCGACCCGAACCUGGCGCGGUACCCAGUGAAAGCGCCGCCCGACGAGCAGCAGAUGCGCAUGCACGCCCGGGUGUCCCGCGCGAGGCACGAGCGGCGCCACAGCGACGUGGCGCUCCCGCGCACCGAGGCCGCCGCGCCGCCCGAGAGCAAGGCCGGCAAGCGCGCGCCGGCGGCCGCCAGGGCCUCGCCGCCGGACUCGCCGCGGGCCUACCCGGCUGAGAGGUCCGUGGAGGCCAGGGCGCCGGGGGCCAAGCCGCUCACGAACCACAGCCCGCCGGCGCCCAGGCAUGGGCCGGUGCCCGCAGAAGCCCCCGAGCUCAAAGCGCAGGAGCCCCUCAGGAAGCAGAGCCGCCUGGACCCCAGCUCGGCCGUCCUCAUCCGGAAAGCCAAGCGCGAGAAGGUGGAGACCAUGCUGCGGAACGACUCCCUGAGCUCCGACCAGUCGGAGUCUGUGCGGCCGUCUCCGCCCAAGCCGCACCGGGCCAAGCGGGGCGGCAAGAAGCGGCAGAUGUCGGUGAGCAGCUCGGAGGAGGAGGGCGUGUCGACGCCCGAGUACACGAGCUGCGAGGAUGUGGAGCUGGAGAGCGAGAGCGUCAGCGAGAAAGGUGACUUGGAUUAUUACUGGUUGGAUCCUGCUACAUGGCAUAGCCGGGAAACAUCCCCUAUUAGUUCGCAUCCUGUAACGUGGCAACCAUCUAAAGAAGGGGACCGAUUGAUUGGACGUGUUAUUCUUAACAAGAGAACAACCAUGCCCAAAGAAUCAGGUGCAUUACUGGGUCUGAAAGUUGUUGGAGGAAAAAUGACUGACUUAGGACGCCUUGGUGCUUUCAUCACCAAAGUAAAGAAGGGUAGCCUAGCAGAUGUAGUUGGACAUCUAAGAGCAGGGGAUGAAGUUCUAGAAUGGAAUGGUAAACCCCUGCCGGGAGCUACAAAUGAAGAAGUUUACAACAUUAUUUUAGAAUCAAAAUCAGAACCUCAAGUUGAAAUUAUUGUUUCAAGGCCUAUUGGUGACAUUCCCCGGAUUCCUGAGAGCUCCCAUCCUCCACUGGAGUCCAGUUCCAGUUCCUUUGAAUCUCAGAAGAUGGAGAGGCCUUCCAUUUCUGUUAUUUCUCCAACAAGUCCCGGAGCUCUAAAAGAUGCCCCACAAGUCUUACCAGGGCAACUUUCUGUGAAGCUAUGGUAUGAUAAAGUGGGGCACCAACUGAUUGUAAAUGUCUUGCAAGCAACAGAUCUACCCCCUAGAGUCGAUGGGCGUCCCCGGAAUCCCUAUGUAAAAAUGUAUUUUCUUCCAGAUAGAAGUGAUAAAAGCAAAAGGAGGACCAAGACGGUGAAGAAAGUGCUAGAACCGAAAUGGAAUCAGACCUUUGUGUAUUCACAUGUGCAUCGUAGGGAUUUUAGAGAACGAAUGCUAGAAAUCACUGUGUGGGAUCAACCCAGAGUGCAAGAAGAGGAAAGCGAGUUCCUUGGAGAGAUCCUUAUAGAGUUAGAAACAGCACUUUUAGAUGAUGAACCACACUGGUAUAAACUUCAGACCCAUGAUGAAUCCUCACUACCUCUGCCUCAGCCAUCACCUUUCAUGCCAAGGCGACACGUUCAUGGAGAAAGCUCUAGCAAGAAGCUACAAAGAUCUCAGCGAAUCAGUGAUAGUGACAUCUCAGAUUAUGAGAUUGAUGAUGGUAUUGGAGUAGUUCCUCCAGUGAGUUAUAGGUCUAGUGCUAGAGAAAGUAAAUCCACAACAUUAACUGUGCCAGAGCAGCAAAGAGCAACUCAUCACCGCUCACGUUCAGUGUCUCCUCACCGCGGCGAUGACCAGGGAAGGCCGCGUUCACGUUUACCAAAUGUGCCAUUACAGAGGAGCUUAGAUGAAAUUCAUCCAACAAGAAGGUCCCGUUCUCCAACCAGACACCAUGAUGCCUCCAGAAGUCCAGUUGAUCGUAGAUCCAGAGACGUGGAUAGUCAGUAUUUAUCAGAACAAGACAGUGAGCUUCUUAUGCUGCCCAGAGCAAAACGAGGACGAAGUGCAGAAUGCCUACAUACUACCAGUGAACUGCAGCCCUCCCUUGACAGGGCUAGGAGUGCUAGUACCAACUGCUUGAGACCAGAUACUAGUUUGCAUUCACCAGAACGAGAAAGGGGUAGAUGGUCCCCCUCCCUAGAUAGGAGACGACCUCCUAGCCCCAGGAUUCAAAUCCAGCAUGCAUCUCCGGAAAAUGACAGGCAGCCCAGAAAGUCUGAAAGAUCUAGCAUCCAAAAACAGACUAGGAAAGGCACUGCCUCUGAUGCAGAAAGGGUUCUGCCACCCUGUCUUUCUAGAAGGGGACACACAGCCCUAAGAGCAACUGAUCAACCAAGCUUUAGGGGAAAACAUCCCGCUCGCUCCAGGUCGAGUGAGCACUCUAGUGUCAGAACACUGUGUUCUAUGCACCACCUUGCCCCCGGAGGUUCGGCGCCACCUUCACCGCUCCUGACAAGAGUGCACCGACAAGGAAGCCCAACCCAGUCUCCCCCGGCUGACGCAUCUUUCAGUAACCGCAGGGGAAGACAACUCCCACAAGUGCCAGUGAGGAGCAGCAGUAUAGAACAAGCAAGCUUAGUAGUGGAGGAGCGAACAAGACAGAUGAAAAUGAAAGUGCAUCGAUUUAAGCAGACAACAGGGUCUGGUUCUAGUCAAGAACUUGAUCGCGAGCAAUAUUCCAAGUAUAGCAUACAUGCAGAUCAGUACCGAAGCUGUGAUAACGUCUCUGCCAAAUCAUCAGAUAGCGAUGUCAGUGAUGUGUCUGCCAUUUCCCGAACCAGCAGUGCCUCACGCCUCAGCAGCACAAGCUUUAUGUCAGAGCAAUCUGAGCGCCCCAGGGGUAGAAUCAGUUCAUUUACCCCCAAAAUGCAAGGCAGACGGAUGGGGACUUCAGGAAGAGCCAUCACGAAGAGCACCAGUGUCAGCGGAGAGAUAUACACACUAGAGCAUAAUGACGGCAGCCAGUCAGACACAGCUGUGGGUACAGUCGGUGCAGGUGGAAAGAAACGGAGAUCCAGCCUGAGUGCCAAAGUGGUAGCCAUAGUAUCUCGGAGGAGUAGGAGUACAUCGCAGCUCAGCCAAACAGAGUCAGGCCACAAGAAGUUAAAAAGUACCAUACAGAGAAGCACAGAAACAGGCAUGGCAGCUGAAAUGAGGAAGAUGGUACGGCAACCGAGUCGAGAGUCUACUGAUGGCAGCAUCAACAGUUACAGUUCUGAAGGAAACUUAAUAUUUCCCGGAGUGCGACUAGGGGCUGACAGUCAAUUCAGUGAUUUUCUUGAUGGACUGGGACCGGCCCAGCUUGUUGGCCGGCAGACCCUUGCCACGCCUGCGAUGGGUGAUAUACAAAUUGGAAUGGAGGAUAAAAAGGGCCAGCUGGAAGUUGAAGUUAUUAGAGCACGCAGUCUCACACAAAAGCCUGGUUCCAAAUCCACACCUGCUCCAUAUGUGAAAGUAUAUCUUUUGGAAAAUGGGGCCUGCAUAGCCAAGAAGAAGACCAGAAUUGCACGGAAAACCCUUGAUCCUCUGUAUCAGCAGUCGCUGGUUUUUGAUGAGAGUCCACAGGGUAAAGUUCUGCAGGUGAUUGUCUGGGGGGACUAUGGCAGAAUGGACCAUAAAUGCUUCAUGGGUGUGGCUCAGAUCUUGUUGGAAGAACUCGACUUGUCCAGCAUGGUAAUCGGAUGGUACAAGUUAUUCCCUCCGUCGUCCCUGGUGGAUCCCACACUCACUCCCCUGACCCGCCGAGCUUCCCAGUCGUCUCUGGAAAGUUCAACUGGGCCCCCCUGCAUCCGAUCAUAGUGAAUUCAUCCCACACUUUUUCCAUUCAGAGUCUACCUUUCAGUCUAAGAAUCUGAACCAGAUAUUUAAUGAUCAAAAGCAUUGUUGGAGACAGACAAUCAACUUGUGUUUUGUCAGUAGUGGUUUUUCAGUGUGGCCCCAUUGUUGUUUAAAAUAUGGCUUCAUAUGACAGAACAAGGCAAUCUAUCCAACUACAAGUGAGAAUCCACAUGCUAGUGAGAGCCGCUGAUGCUUCUAACAAAAAAAAAGAGGAAACUUAAAACACACACACACACACACACACACAAAUUGAACAAACUGGAAACUCUCACUCUGAAAAGUUGUGUUUUACAUGUUUUUUGCAAAGACCAGAAUCAGUGUUAUCUCCCUGGUAGUUGAGAAGUUUGUUUGUUGUCUUGUAUGUUUUGUUUGUGUGUUAAUUGUUGGGUUUUGGUUUCUUCAGUUUUUUUAUCUGUUUUCUGAGUUUUUGAUUUCACCACAUAUUUGUUCUUUGCACAAGAUUUCUGGCUGUGUCAUGAUGGGCCUCAUGAUGCCUACAGAGACUCUUCCUUUCUUUUUCCAAAAGCACCCCCAAAAAGGGCUGAAGCAGUCUCUGUGGCAUCCC